AACACUACAAGUUUGUUACUCCGACUUUGCGAAUCAGACGUCACUCCUACAUCCCCCGAUUCACACAAAAAGUUAAAUCCAGCAACAAUGGACAAGAUCAAGGAGAAGCUUCACAUUGGCAGCAGCCGCCGCGCGUCUCAGCCUGACAACGACUUCAGCAAGCAUGGCACCACCGGAGGUGUAGGCACCAUUGCCGAGAACCGCGAAUCCAUCGACGAAGAGCUCGCCGCCAUGGACCCCAAAGACCGCGUCGCCUACCUCCAGGAGUACGACCACUCAGACAAGCACGACUCGCCAAAGAAGGGCGGUCUCCUCGAGAAGCUAAUUGCGCGCGGUAACAAGCGGACCGAGGAGCAACUGGAGCGCGAGCAGAGGGAGAGGGAGGAGGCUCACAGGAAGGCUACGCAGCAGUCUAUCGGCCCUGGUCAGGGCGCGUCGGCGCACUCGGCUGCCGGCCCGGUCGUGUAAAGGGAGACCUACAGGAAGGAAUGGAGAACGUGGCAUAAUAUGAGUAGAUCUCGGUCAUAUCAAACCGAUUUAUACGUCUUUAGCUGAGUCUCUCGCUUUGUUUGGUCUUUGGGAAUGGGGUUCUCAUUGCCGCUUUGAAAGAUGGAAAUUCUCAAUCACAGCACUGAACCUGUUCGUUGAUA